AUGGAAAAGUUUCUUAGCUCAAAAGCUUCGUUGUUUCAAACAAUGUUAUUCUUUAUUUUGAUUAGUAUCUCUCUAUCUUUCUCCUCCGAUACCACUACGAAAAGUUUUGAUGUGGUGAAAUCCACUCAAAAUGCUCUUAAUGCUUUAAAACCUCUAUCAAAAGAGGCACUACAACAACAACUACUCAAAAAGACGUUAAUUAUUUCUUCAUACUCCUUCACUAUACACCCCCGAACAUCCGUUGAUCACAUCAAUGUUUACCAUGAUUACGAGUCUUUAACUCUUGUGAGACUACAACAUGAUUUACACCGGGUUAGGGCAAUUGGAAAAAAUGAAUAUAGUGGAGAAUACCUUGUACGGGUUGGAUUUGGAACUCCACUCCAAGAUUAUAUGUUUGUAAUCAUGGACACAGGGAGUCAUCUUACUUGGAUUCAGUGUGAGCCAUGUCAAAAACAUUGCCUCGAACAAAUUGGCGAUAUAUUUGACCCAUCGGCCUCAUCAUCAUACAAGCUUUUAACUUGUAUAUUUGACGAUGAUUGUCUGCCGGUAAGGGAACACAAAGUUUGCAACUGGGAUCGAGAUGUUUGUGAAUAUGAAGUUGUGUAUGUAGAUGGGUCAUUUAGCAAUGGUGAUUACGUCAAUGAAACCAUCCAUUUUCACGAUUCCAGUUCGUUUCCAAAUCUAACUAUGGGAUGUGGUCAAGAUCAAGGACCGCCAUUCGGCUAUGCUGGAGGAGUACUGGGAAUGUCAUAUCAUCCGCUCUCUUUUCCCUUCCAAAUUCAAGCCGACGCUUUCUGAUUUUGUCUUGUUGAUAGGGAUACUAUAGAUAUGUCCACUCUUGAUUAUAAUGUGCAAACACCUCCAGAUUCUAUCACAGUUCCAUUUUUGGUUAGCACCGGUUAUUAUAUCAAGGUAAAAGGGUUCAUUGUUGGAGGCCAAACCUUGAAUAUACCACCGGAAGCUAUUUCUAGUACUUUACAUACAUUUGGUAAGGUGAUAGUGGAUUCUGGCGCAGUUUAUAGUUAUCUGUUCCCUCAAGCAUAUGAAAUACUCCGGGAAGCUUUCAGAAAAGAAGCAAAAAAUAGGUUAAAACGUAUAUAUGGGUCAUUCAGUAAAUUCGAAACUUGUUAUGAUAUGGAGGAUUGGCAGGUUGCAAUAGUACCAAGUAUGUGGAUUAUGUUCUCGGAUGAUAAAAAGUUGGAACUAAACGUGCUCAACUAUCUGCAUGUGUAUAAGCCAGGGGUGUAUUGUCUUGCGUUUCUACCAUCUCUGAAGACCGAUACUAACCCUUAUCCACAAAGCAUAUUCGGCAAUACUUUAUUGCAGACAACACGUGUCACUUACGAUCUUGUUAACAUGCUAUUGAGUUUUACGCCGGAUAGCUGUUAGAUAUAAGUCUUAUCAAUAUACUUGUAUAUUACCUAGUGUUAUAAUAACACUUUUUAUAUAAUUAAGUGGUCUAGCUAUGCCUAUUAGUGUGUGGUAGAGCUGGUAAUAUGGACGAAACACGGACCAAAAGGAAAGGAGGUUCUGUUUAGGUUGACCCGUUGUUGUAUGAAAGUAUCAUUCAUAUU